ACCAAGAUUUUCUCCUUCAAGAAGAACUUCAAAAACUUUGUGCAGAAUUGGUUUUCCUCGAGAACAAAUAUAAAGAUGUGUGCAUCCGUAACAUUCGAUUGAAAACUUUUAUGCGAACUCAUGGCACUCAAUACCGAAAAAGAAUUCAAUCACUUUUAGAAGCGAAUACCACCUGA